AGCAGCGGCGCCACCAACAGCGCCCUGUUCGGCUGCCUGCACGUGCACAGCGCUUCAGCAGCCGCCUCGGAGGAAGAAGCUGCUGCUGCUGCUGCUGCUGCGGGGCCGCGCGCUCUCUCGGGGACGCGGCGCGGGCGCGCGGGCAAACUGGACCGCCUCGCGCUGCUGCUGCUGCUGCUGGACUUGCGAGGAGGCAGGCGGGCAGGCAGGAGGCCGUCCGGCGCGGUUGUCAUGGCGACCCUGGAGGUGGCGGCGGCUGCGGCGGCCGCUGCGGCCGCUGCGGCGGCCCUGGGGGACGAGGAGUCGGAGCGGGACAGCGUCCACACCGGGGAGUCCCGGGAGCCGGGCGAGGAGCUGCUGCAGGACCUGGCCCAGCUGGGGCAGCUCGACCUGGCCCGACUCCGCAGCCUGGUGGAGGAAAACAGACACAUCAAUGCCAUGCUCCAACUUGAGACGGACAUAUUUGAGAAGUUUUUCUGCCGGAUGGAGCCAAGGGAUGUGUCGUCAGAGAGACGUGGCUCUUCGCUGGAUAUGGGGCAGACUCCAUACCCACGGAGCAGACGCAAAUCUAAAUCCCGGAUCACAACAGAUCGUCUGGUACACCUAACAGUGGAGCAGAAAUGCGACCUCGCACAACGGGAGCUGGACGAGACCAGGGAAGACAUUCAGCGGAUGAAGGAGAACUCAGACAGGAUUUUGCAAAACUACCUGGCUGUCCUGGAGGAAGCAGACAUUCGCAUUGUUGACAUUAAGAAAGCCUCAGCGGACUUUGACAGAGACAUCGUCAAAACGAUCACCAAGAAGAAAGGUAGUGUCAUCGCUUCCGACAAGGUGCUGAGAUACAUGGAAGACAAGAUUCGCUCCAGGGAUGUGCUGAAAGAGAAAGUUCGUCUGAAAAAUGACUCCCUGAGAGUCCAGAGGAAGAAGAUGCAGUUGCAGCUGAAGCAGAAGGAGGAGCUGGGCGAGGCGCUGCAUGAGGUGGAUUUCCAGCAGCUGAAGAUUGAGAACGCCCAGUUCCUGGAGAAGAUUGACGAGCGGAACCAGGAGUUGCUGCAGCUGAAGCUCACGGUGGGCCGGGCCCUCCAGAUCCUCAACUUCUACAAAAUGAAGCUGCAAAACACCACAGCAAUGGCCACCCGUCUGGUGAAAGACAUUGCCCAGAGAAAGGAGUCCUUGGAGAAAAUUGAGCGGGAAGCCGUCCUUGUUGAGGAGGAGCGGGAGAAGGCUGAGCACCUGAACAAAAGGCUGCGGAGAAUACUGUCCGCGUACAAAGUGCCUCCUAUCCUUGACUAUGUCCACGAGAAGAUGGCCGUUCAUGAGCUGGAAAAUACCAUCAAGAUCUGGGAGAGGAAGGUGGAGAUUGCAGAGAUGUCCUUGCAGAGCUAUCGCUGUGUCUGGCGCAAGGCGCAGAUGGCCAGUCACGAGCUGCAGGCCAUUCUCCCCGAGCAAGCCAUCUGCUGAGAGAGAGGAAGGUGGGCCGGGAAGGUCUGUCGUGGCUCCGGCCGCCUGGGUCCACCUUUGGAGAGAGCGGGAGCCUCCGCAGCAGGAUUCGCACCUCCUCCUCGGCCUCGUGCGACCCUCCCUUCGCAGCAGAAGAGGCCUCUGCUGCACCCGGGCCUGGCAGGGCCCUGCCCCCAGAGCUCCCUCUCCUUCUCCUGGGAGAAGCAAAUGCAAAUGGUAUUUAUUUACCCAGA